AUGGCGAGGACGGCGCAGACGGAGACAGUGUUUCAUUCCGUGUGCGCAGGGUCGGUGGCAGCCAGCAGCAAUGCGGUAUCCGAUGCCUAUGUCAUCACUCUCGGGGUGCUGUGCCUGCCCGACAGCCUGAACCUUCACAGAGACCCGCAGCGGGCCAGCAAGGCGGGGGAGCUGCCCAUGUUCAGCCAGUCGGAGUUGAGGACCAUCGAGCAGUCCUUGCUGGCCACUCGGGUGGGCAGCAUCGCGGAACUGAGUGACCUGGUGUCCCGAGCUAUGCAUCACCUGCAGCCCCUCAAUGCCAAGCACCAUGGCAACGGCACCCCCCUGCACCACAAGCAGGGGGCACUCUACUGGGAGCCCGAGGCCCUGUAUACCCUCUGCUAUUUCAUGCACUGCCCACAAAUGGAAUGGGAGAACCCCAACGUGGAGCCUUCCAAAGUCAACCUCCAGGUGGAAAGGCCCUUCCUCGUGCUGCCGCCGCUGAUGGAAUGGAUCCGGGUGGCCGUGGCGCACGCCGGCCACCGCCGCAGCUUCUCCAUGGACAGCGACGAUGUCCGCCAGGCCGCCCGGCUGCUGCUGCCAGGCGUGGACUGCGAGCCGCGCCAGGUUCCCACAGAAGGAGCGCUGGCCGACGACUGCUUUUGUGCCUCUCGGAAGCUGGACGCGGUGGCCAUCGAAGCCAAGUUUAAGCAGGACCUGGGCUUCCGGAUGCUGAACUGCGGGCGGACAGACCUGGUGAAGCAGGCUGUGUCCCUGCUGGGCCCCGAGGGGAUCAACGCCAUGAGCGAACAGGGCAUGACCCCCCUGAUGUACGCCUGUGUCCGUGGGGACGAGGCCAUGGUCCAGAUGCUGCUGGAUGCCGGAGCCGACCUGAAUGUGGAGGUUGUCAGUGCUCCUCAUAAAUAUCCAUCUGUCCACCCCGAGACCCGCCAUUGGACGGCUCUGACCUUUGCUGUGUUGCAUGGACAUAUUCCUGUAGUUCAGCUCCUGCUGGACGCUGGGGCCAAGGUGGAGGGCUCUGUGGAACACGGGGAGGAGAACUAUUCCGAAACGCCCCUCCAGCUGGCAGCCUCUGUAGGAAAUUUUGAGCUGGUUAGUUUGCUGUUGGAGCGUGGCGCGGAUCCCCUGAUAGGAACCAUGUACAGGAAUGGAAUUUCCACCACCCCGCAGGGGGAUAUGAACUCUUUCAGCCAGGCCGCAGCCCACGGACACAGGAAUGUGUUCCGCAAACUGCUCGCGCAGCCAGAGAAGGAGAAGAGUGAUAUCCUGUCCCUGGAGGAGAUUCUGGCCGAGGGGACUGACCUGGCCGAGACCGCCCCGCCCCCCCUGUGCGCCAGCCGCAACAGCAAGGCCAAACUGAGAGCCCUGAGGGAGGCCAUGUAUCACAGCGCUGAGCAUGGUUACGUGGAUGUCACAAUUGAUAUCAGGAGCAUAGGUGUCCCGUGGACUCUGCACACGUGGCUGGAGUCCCUGCGGGUUGCCUUCCAGCAGCACCGGCGGCCCCUCAUCCAGUGCUUGCUGAAAGAGUUUAAGACCAUCCAGGAGGAGGAGUACACGGAGGAGCUCAUCACCCAAGGCCUGCCCCUGAUGUUCGAGAUCUUGAAAGCCAGCAAGAAUGAAGUGAUCAGCCAACAGCUCUGCGUCAUCUUCACCCACUGCUACGGACCCUACCCCGUGCCCAAGCUCACGGAGAUCAAGCGGAAACAGACCUCCCGCCUGGACCCUCACUUUCUGAACAACAAGGAAAUGUCCGAUGUCACCUUCCUGGUGGAAGGCAGGCCAUUUUACGCCCACAAAGUGCUGCUGUUCACGGCCUCUCCCAGGUUCAAAGCCCUCCUCUCCAGCAAGCCGACAAAUGACAGCACCUGUAUAGAGAUUGGCUACGUGAAGUACCCCAUCUUUCAGCUGGUCAUGCAGUAUCUCUACUACGGUGGCCCAGAGUCCCUUCUCAUUAAAAACAACGAGAUCAUGGAGCUUCUCUCUGCGGCCAAGUUCUUCCAGCUGGAGGCCUUGCAGCGGCACUGUGAGAUUAUCUGUGCCAAAAGCAUCAACACGGACAACUGUGUGGACAUCUACAACCACGCCAAGUUCCUCGGGGUCACAGAGCUCUCUGCUUACUGCGAAGGCUACUUUCUCAAGAACAUGAUGGUCCUUAUUGAAAACGAAGCUUUCAAACAGCUUCUCUAUGACAAAAACGGUGAUGGGCCGGGCCCGGACGUGCUCCUGGACUUACAGAGGACGUUGGCCAUCAGAAUUCAGUCCAUCCACCUGUCCUCGUCCAAAGGAUCCGUUGUAUGAAAGCCCAGUACAGAAGGGCGUGCCCCGAGGCCGCCCGGGUCUCCGAUUGCAUUAACUUCUCGUAAACACCAAUUCCACCUGGCGCCUGGCUUCGGUUUAGGCCCGGCCAAGGAGCUGCCUCUACUGCCUCAGCGUCCCUAGAAGGAGCAACGUCCAGCUCCUCUGCUUCCUGCUGAGAAACCAAGGACAUUUCAGCAGUCGGCGCAGCGCGACCCGAGCUUCAAGGUCUACCCCACGGCCACCAAGCCAACCCCUGGGGCCGGGGACCGCCAUAGAAUGGAUGGAUGGAGAACUCACAGUGGUUUGGGCUCCCCGGUUGGAGAACUUAGCUGUGUCUAGCCUGAGGCACGGGUUGAGACUGUUAACCCGUCAUGAGGCAAUCAUGUGGCAAAUUUUUAGGGGUGGUGGGGACUUUUUUAAAUGUUCAUACAAUAAUAAUACCCAGGCCGCCUUGUAGUUUAAAAACCUUGUUUCUAAAAGCUUCACAGUUCAUUAUCAACGGAACGGUGGGUAGGGAUCUGCGUGUUUUGUUUUGUUUUCGAGAGAAAAACACAAGAGAAACAGCAUCAAGCCACAGGUCCACAGCAUGUUGGCGACAUGCAGGUGACGUGAUAUUGCCGCUCUAUCCUGUACACAGCGCAGUAGUCUUACCUUAAAGACCUGUGGCCCACACCGAACUGCACCGUCCGUAGCUCUCACUAACCAGUCGUCAGUAAACAACCUGCAUGCUAAUAAUCGUGGUUUCGGGGUUAGAAUAAGACACGCCCACAGGCGGGAACAUGCAUUUGCAUGGGCCCCGCCCCCUCUCCACCCCUUGAACUGUCUGUGCUGUGUUCUUCGCCAAGGUGUUCUCACGUCCCAUCGCUCGCUUCUUGCCCCAAGCCCAUGUGGCGGGACUGACAUGGCGGCUGCUUUUCCUUCAUUCGGAAUGAUCCUGGGAUGCUUUUGUGGAAAUGAGUUCACGUGCGAUGCUAAAUGGGGGAGGGCCGGGCGGGGAGGGGGGAUGCACGUCUGAGAAUCUUCUCUGCAUCCAGAGGGGUUGGUUUUGUUUGGGGUUCGGGGUUUCUCUUGUAUUCUUGGAAGAUGUUCCUAGUUUGCUACUCGCCUGAGAGGAUGACUAUGCUAGAUUAUUUUCUAAAGACUCCACGUGUAUGAUAGGACUGACUCCUGUAUCGGGACAAUGUACAGUAGAGGGGUCUCUAUAGCGAAGACUUCUAUCAACAGGGUUUUGCUCGCUCUGCCAUAUAUAUUAUUACCGGAAAGAGAUGGGUCAAGUGCCACCUUAGUCGGAAGAACUUUGUGCGCUGGCUGCCUUUGUUCACGUCCCUGACUUUGAAACCUACAUCCAUGCAAUGAAGCCUAGGAGGAUCACAUACACACACACAUUCCCCAGGUCGGGAUGGCCACCUUUCAUAGAUCAACCUAGUCCCUAGCAUGCCUUCAGGAAGUUGUACCCAGAUCCUAGUUCUUGAGGAACUGCUGUUCAUCUGCCGAACUCGCUUCUGGAAAACUGACGUCCUGUCCGGUGUCCUGUGUGUCCCGUGUAACACCCCGGGGCCUCGUCGGUCUCGAGUUUUGCUCGUCCGGGAUGCGGACCCCCACGGCCUCCCUUCCACCUGGCCCUUUGCAAAUCCCCCAGACCUUACAACCAGAUGACGCAGGAGAACGACAAACAGCGACUGCCGGCAGAGAAGUCCGUCCCGUGACAGCUACCCAGCAUGUUGUCACCGCCGUGGCCUGCCUUCUCCACAUCCUCAGAGAAGCCGCGUGGGCUGCUCCCUCCGCCGAGACAGACUCCCCGUGAAUGCCUAACGCUGGUUCAGGACCUCCGGGCGUUCCUAUGUACGGUCCCCGACGGGGCUCCUAUUAUGUUUGGUGUGCUUUCUCUGUCAUUAAAAGAAACGAUUUUCCCAA